AGAUGAUGAAGAUGAAGAUGAUGUUGAUGAUGAUGAUGACGAAUCGAGAGGAAAGUGUAAAGAAAUGAAGAAAAGUUGACUAGAAAUCGGAGAAGUUUGAAUUUGGUUCCUCCUUCGCCAUCCUCCGAUCAAAUCUACUCUCCUAAUCUCUACCCCAGAAAACCACUGUUGAACCCCCAGAAAACUCCGAGAUCGCAGAUUAAAGGCGACACUUGUCAAUUACUCGUGAUUGGCAUUUAUAAAGUCGGGGAAUUUGAUUAAAUUUAGGGUUCUGGACUCUCCGAUGGACAGUUCGAGUGACAUCGAAGGUGAUUCCGAGGGAAGAAAUGAAGGAGGAGGAUCCACGUCGGAUUAUCGAUUGUUGGGUCGGCAAGUUACGGUUCAUCAGUUCAUGGGCGGUGGCAAAGCUGCUGACUUGCUCUUAUGGAGGAGAAGAAACCAUUCCUUAGGUGUGAUCGUUUUAUCAACAGCAGCUUGGCUUACUUUCGAGCUUUCUGGAUUGCCUUUCUUAUCUGUUUCUUCAGAUGUCUUACUGAUUGGGAUCAUAAUAUCAUUUGUCCAUGCUCAGAUCUCUGCUUAUAGGAAUAGACAGGCGGAUUCGUUACCAGAGCUUGUUCUAUCCGAGGAAAUGGUUAAUAGUGCUGCAGCUUCCUUCCGUGUAAAACUCAACCACUUGCUUGUAAUGGCUCAUGAUGUUACAGUUGGCAAAGAUUUUCGGCUCUUCUUCAAGGUGGUGAUUUUUCUGUGGCUUCUCUCUGCCAUUGGUAGCUAUAUUUCCUUCUGCACUCUUGUUUAUAUCGGGACCAUCUUAUCUGUAACAGUACCAGCUUUGUACAGCAAAUAUCAAAGGAAAGUAGAUAAGUGUUGCGGGUUGAUUCACAGGCAAUUGUCUCAUCAGUACAAGUUAGUUGACGAAAAUGUUAUAAGCAAACUCUCGUGGAGCUUAUCCAAGGAUAAAGAUUCCUGAGCUUUAACUUCGGUGAUUUUGAAAAAUGCUUUUACUUGUCUUCCUUCAUAGUUUUUCACUAUUUUGGGUUUCUUCUAAUUUACCUUUGUGUAGUAUGUAACUAAAUGACGAUUUAAGGAUGAAUAUAUAAAGAUGGUUUCACUGUUCA